AUGUAUUACUCACGGAAUUAUUUCUUGACAUUUCUUACUUGCUCCUCGUGGAGUAUAGGAUAUACUGGAGCUGAUGAUCAUGGUGUUGUUUUUCUGUAUCCGACGGAUAAUCUCACCAUCAACUAUCUCGAUACCGUUAAUGUAACCUACACAUCUCCUUUUCCAGAGCCUCAACUUUGGAUCUAUUGUCAAAAUAUCACGGAUAUUACGGGUCCAUUAAUCACAGAAAGCUAUACCACGGUGACAGCAUUUAAUGGCUCUGCUCCAAUCAAUUGGAGAUGGCUAGGUGGUUCACCUUGUUGGUUCGAUUUGAAACCAAAUGCAUCAAAUGGAUAUGGAGCCAAUAGUGAACAUUUCAUCGUCGACCAAAAUCAACGUACAUCACCUACAACAUUAGGAUUACCGUUACCUACGGAGUCGUCAACUUCUACGACAUCAACAUCAACGUCGAUAUCAACCACAACCUCGGAUAGCAGUGAUGCCACCACAACAGCAACUUCAAAUCCCACCACCUCUUCCACCAGUAACUCUGCAUCUGCAGCAUCCGCCUCCUCGUCACAGACCCAGACCGGGCUUCCCACCGAUAGCACUCCCGCAACCGGACUUUCCGGCGGAGCCAAAGCCGGUAUCGGGAUCGGUAUCGCAAUUGUCGCACUCUUGGCAUUGGCAGCGGGAUUCUUCUUCUGGCGCAAGAAACAGGCGAAAAAUACGGAUUAUACGGUGUAUCCUACUUCGGAAGUGGCUAUGAAUGAGAAGAUGGAGGACUCGAGUGAUUAUUCGAGGAGUGAACCGGUGGCGUAUGAAUUGUAUGCGCCGGAAUAUCAUAUCGAGAUGCCGGGGACGCAGCCGGUAAGGGAAUUGGGAGGUGGGGAGAUUAAGAGUCAGGCGACGAGGUUGGCGUGA